AUGGCACACGACGAAAAGGCAGCGGCUCAGGCUGCCCAAACCCCGGAGCUGGACUCGGACAGUCACGAGAUGUCCGGAGAGAAGCAGAACGGGCCAGAGACUGCAGCGGCAGAAACACAGGUCGAUGCCCGGCUAGAGAAGGCGGACGGCGAGAAGAAACAAGCUCGACACACGGAGACGGAAAAAGGGGAUUUGGGCCGGAGCCGGCGGGGGUCGCAGUCCUCGGAAUCGCCGUCGAUAUCGGCGUCGUCGACCACAUCGGACGGACAGACCAAGGCAGCGCUGGGAUCGAGCUCAGGACCGGACCCUGGACGCGGCAGCGGCAGUCAGGCGCUGGACGAGGGGCCGCGGCUGGCGCCCAUUGCGACGGCCACCAGUCGGAUGUCGGUAGCAGCAACGGUGAGGGCGACGGUGAGCGGCGAGGGGGCAGACCAGCCGGCGCAGCCGUGGUCAUCGUUUGUAGAGAUCCCCGACUCAUUCUACGACCGGCUGAGCGCACGGCACAAGCAGGCACUGGUGGGCCUGCUGUCGUUUUGCGGAUUCCUGGCGCCGAUCUCGAGCACGGCCGUGCUGGCAGCCAUCGCCGAGGUGGCAGACGAGUUCGAGACGACGGGAACGGUGAUCGACGUCAGCAAUGCGCUGUACAUGCUCUUCAUGGGCAUGUCGCCGCUGAUGUGGGGGCCGAUGAGCGAGGUGUACGGCCGGCGCUGGAUCCUGCUCAGCACGCUCGUGCUCUUUGUCGGCUGCAGCAUCGGCACGGCGCUGGCGCCCAACAUUGCGGCGUACUUUAUUUUCCGCAUCCUGACCGCGUUCGAGGGCACGGCCUUUAUCCUGGUCGGCUCAGCGUCGAUCAGCGACAUGUACCGGCCGACCGAGCGGGCCACCGGCAUGGGCUGGUUCCUGUCCGGGACGCUCGCGGGCCCGGCUCUGGGGCCUUUUAUCGGCGGCAUCAUCGUCACGUUCCGGUCGUGGCGCGUCAUCUUCUGGUUGCAGACAGCCCUGGCCGGGCUGGCUCUCGUGGGUGUGGCCGUGCUGAUGCCGGAGACGAUCCACCACAAGAAGAUCCGGAACCUGGCCGGCCUGCGGACGUGGGCCAAGGCGCGGGUGCUGUGGUCGAUGGUCAACCCGGCACGGGUGAUCCGACUGUACGUGUACCCCAACGUGAUGCUGGCGGGCAUGGCGUCGUCGUCGCUGGUGUGGAACCAAUACUCGCUGCUGACACCGAUCACGUACGUGCUGAACCCGCGGUUCGGGCUGACGACGCCGCUGCAGGCCGGCCUGUUCUAUCUGGCGCCCGGCUGCGGCUACGUGACGGGGACGUUUGUGGGUGGGCGCUAUGCCGAUCACGUCGUGCGGCAGUGGAUUGUGCGGCGUGGCGGCGUGCGCAUUCCGGAGGACCGGCUGCGGUCGGCGCUGCCCUUUCUCGGCAUCGUGAUCCCGGCCUGCAUGCUGAUCUACGGCUGGAGCGUCGACCGAGCCGUCGGCGGAAUCCCGCUGGUGGUCAUCACCAUGUUCCUCCAGGGCGUGGCUCAGCUGUUCUGCUUCCCCAGCCUCAACACGUAUUGCCUCGACGUGAUGCCUGAGCAUGGCAGCGAGGUCAUCUCGGGCAACUACUUUGUGCGCUACCUGUUUGCCUGCGUCGGCACCGCUGUCGCCCUGCCGGCCAUCAAGAGCAUCGGCAUCGGCUGGUUCAGCACCAUCUCGGCCGCCUUCCUCGUCCUCAGCGACCUCGGCCUGCUGGCUACCGUGCACUGGGGCGCCGAGUGGCGCGAGCGCGUCGGCCGCUGGCGCAACGAGCGGCGCAGGGCCGAGUACAACCGGGCACAGGCGCGGAGAGGCGAACCCUCCGGCACGGCCGUCUGA